AUGGUUGGGCGUGAUGGGGGCCCGCCUCCUUCAAAGAAAUUGAGAACUUCCAGCAAUGUAUAUCAGGCGAACUCUUCGGGCUCUGUUCGUCAUGAUCAUGGAAGUCUCCUGUCUUUGAACAGAUCUAUAACUCCUCCGCUCUCUCGGAGUCAACUGCUUCGGAAACCUGAGAGUCCGGGACCAGGGCUGCCAUCCAGACAGAAGAUUAUUCCAUCACCAAUCCAACUCACUCAUAUCCGUGAUAUCAGUGAUUCAACGGGAUAUAAUGAAGGCUGCAUUAAGCUCCGAGACAUUCUUGGAGAUCCCAUGAUCAAGGAAUGCUGGCAAUUCAAUUAUCUUUUUGAUGUGGACUAUGUCAUGGGUCAAUUUGACCGUGAUGUGAAGGAUCUAAUUCAGCUGAAAAUAAUUCAUGGAUCUUGGAAGAAAGAAGCUCCUAAUAGGAUUGCCAUCGAUGUAAGUGGAAGAUGUGAUCCAUGCAUUAGACCCCGUAUCUUACCCUGGGAUAGGAUGCAUGUAAGCGAUACCCAAACGCCGAGGCAGUUGUGGCAUAUAUGCCUGAGCCCUUUGGAACUCAUCAUUCAAAAAUGAUGAUUUUGAUUCGACAUGAUAACCUAGCACAGUAAGGUGCAUCCCAGUACCUAAACUGCCAGGGUCGAAAUACUAAAACAACGGUUCUUCUUUUUGCAGGGUCAUAAUUCAUACUGCAAACAUGAUACCGAGAGACUGGGGAAAUAUGACCCAAGCAGUUUGGAGAUCUCCGUUGCUUCCUCUCUCGCAGUCCCAGGUGGGUGAUGCCUGUGGGGUUUUUGGAAGCAGCGCCCGUUUCAAGCGAGACUUGCUUGCUUAUCUGGAGGCAUAUAAUAAUAAUACGAUCAAUACUCUCAUUCGCCAACUGCAACAAUAUGAUUUCGGAGCAGUGAAAGCCGUGCUAAUUGCUAGUGUUCCUACAAGAUUGCCGGUUAAAGAAUUUGACUCCAACAGGAGGACCCUCUGGGGUUGGCCUGCAUUGAAGGAUGCCAUUGGUUCUAUUCCUAUAGACCGCAGCUCAUCCCAGGCACAAAACCCCCAUAUCAUCAUUCAAGUAUCGUCCAUAGCUACGCUUGGACAGACUGAUAAGUG